AUGGCCGAUGUGCCAAAGGAUCUCAUGCAGGAGAUCAAGCGCUUAGAGGAGAUGUUCGCAGUUGACACCGCCAAGCUCAAGUCCAUCACGGAGCAUUUCGUUAAGGAGCUCGCUAAAGGUUUGAGUGUUGAGGGUGGUAGUAUUCCCAUGAACCCAACAUGGUGUAUGGCUUUCCCAACUGGUUAUGAGACUGGAACUUUCCUUGCUCUGGACAUGGGAGGAACUAACCUUCGAGUUUGCGAGAUCAUCUUGACCGACGAGAAAUCCGAAUUCGACAUCAUUCAAUCCAAAUACCGCAUGCCAGAGGAGCUGAAGUCUGGCACUUCAGAUGAGCUUUGGGAAUACAUUGCAGACUGUCUUCAGCAAUUCGUCGAAUCUCACCAUGGCACCAAAGAUCUGGAAAAGUUGAACCUUGGUUUCACGUUCUCAUACCCAGCGACCCAGGAUUACAUAGAUCAUGGCGUUCUUCAACGCUGGACCAAGGGGUUCGAUAUCGAUGGUGUUGAAGGACACAACGUUGUACCUAUGUUUGAGGCUGCUAUUGCGAAGAGAGGUGUUCCCAUCAAGCUCACCGCUUUGAUCAACGAUACCACAGGUACUCUGAUCGCCUCAGCCUACACUGAUACCAAGAUGAAGAUUGGCUGUAUUUUUGGCACAGGUUGCAAUGCAGCUUACAUGGAAAAUUGCGGGUCAAUCCCCAAGCUAGCACACAUGAACUUGCCACCCGACACACCAAUGGCCAUCAACUGCGAAUGGGGCGCCUUCGAUAACGAGCACAAAGUCCUCCCCCGAACUCCUUACGACAUCAUCAUUGACAAAGACUCCCCCCGUCCUGGCCAACAAGCGUUUGAAAAGAUGAUUGCAGGUCUCUACCUCGGCGAGCUCUUCCGUCUCGUCCUCGUCGACCUUCACGACAACAAGGAAGUCCACAUCUUCGAAGGCCAGAACAUCGACAAGCUGCGCAAAGCAUACACCCUCGACUCGUCUUUCCUCUCUAUGGUUGAAGAAGACCCCUUUGAGAACUUGUCCGAGACAGGCGACCUCUUCCAGAAUAAACUCGGCAUAAUUGCCACUCACUCGGAACUAGAGCUCAUCCGCCGCCUCGCCGAGUUGAUCGGAACACGUGCAGCGCGCCUGUCCUCCUGUGGCGUAGCAGCCAUUGCCACAAAGAAGGGCUACGAGACCUGUCACGUUGGCGCCGACGGCUCUGUCUUCAACAAGUACCCACACUUUAAGCAACGUGGUGCUCAAGCUCUGCGAGAGAUUCUCGACUGGGCGCCCAAGAAGAAUUCUAAGGAGGAAGACCCCAUUGAGAUUCUUGCAGCAGAGGAUGGAAGUGGUGUCGGCGCUGCCCUUAUUGCUGCGUUGACGUUGAAGCGAGUCAAGGAGGGGAAUAUGGCGGGUAUCUUGCACCCCGAAAACUUCAAGUAG